GGAAAAUAUUUGGAGCUUGUGUUCACCACAGACCUUAUUUCAGGCUUUUAACCAAAAUCCCAUUUUAAAAAAACACUCAUUGACUUCGGGCACGAUGGAACCGGAAGAAGAAGAAAAAAAGGAAGAAUUCAUAAACCGUUACAGAGAGACGAAUCUGUGGUUCAAGCAGCCCGCAGGUGAAUAAAUGUAGAUGUGAGGAGGCGAUUAGCGGCUUACAGUCAUGAACGGAAGCUGUAAUGCGGUACUGGAUAAAGAGGAACAUGUUUUAAAGCUGGGAGAGAGCUUCGAGAAGAAAGCCAAGUCCUCCUUCCACACCAUCAGAUAUGAUUUUAAGCCGGCUUCCAUCGACACGUCGUGCGAAGGAGAGCUGCAGGUGGGAAAAGGAGACGAGGUCACCAUUACGCUCCCACACAUACCGGGUUCGACGCCUCCCAUGACGGUCUUCAAAGGCAACAAACGGCCGUAUCAGAAAGACUGUGUCCUGAUCAUCAACCACGACACCGGCGAGUUUGUGUUGGAGAAGCUGAGCAGCAGCAUUCAGGUCAAGAAGACCAGAGCCGAGGGCAGCAGUAAGAUCCAGGCUCGGAUCGAGCAGCAGUCGGUGAGAGCCAAUCAGCCUACGUCUCAGUUCCGAACUCCUACUAAACCCAUCGUCGGGGUGAAGACGUCCCCGAGUAAAGACAACCCGUCUCCUGAACCCCAGCUGGACGACAUCAAGAGAGAGCUGCGGGCGGAGGUGGAGAUCAUUGAGCAGAUGAGCAGCAGUGGGAGCAGCAGCUCCUCAGACUCGGGCAGCUGUUCAGGCAGCGGAGACGACGACAGCUCCAGCAGUGACGGAGAGCAGGAGAGUGCAAACCUCCAGCUGUCCCCCAGCCGAGAGCCUCCAAGCAACGGCACAGAGAAAUCGCAGGGCAACAACCAGCUAAUGAACACGCUGAAAGUCCAUGUUGGUGUUUGUUAUCUCAUCAGGAAACGAUCUGCAGCUGAGCGAAUCAGGCAGCGACAGCGAUGACGACUGACGUCUUCUUAUCAUCCCUCGCUCGGCGCUGUUCUCUUCCUUAUUUUCCCUCAACAUCGUGACAAGCUGCCUGUGCUUUUUAUAUAGAGCAGAAGUUCUAGUUUUAUUAAAAUUAUUUUUAUUUAAUUAAAAUAUAUUUUAAGGCUUGUUGCAGGAUAAAAAAAAAAGCAUAGCGUGAAAAAGCAUUCAUAUACACCGUAUGUAUUACAGUUUGGCUUGAUUUUGGUAAUGCAUGUCCAUAUUCGGCCAAACGAAGGUCAAAAAGGGGCGGAGCUUCGAGUUUCAAUGUGAUGGUCUAACCACUAGCUUGUCUUUUCAUUCCUUGAGCUCAAUGUAGUGUUUAGCAUGAAAUAAUGCGUUCAGUUACACAACGUAUUUUGGUCGUGAUGUCGUACUAUCACGAUACUAUUUGUAAUCACAAUCAGGCACGAUUAACUUAAGCACCACUUCAGUGGAAGACCGGGAAGAUUCUCCACCAGGGGGCGAUGUCCAUAGGCUACAUGUCCACUGCGCGCCGGGAGUAGCGAAUAAAAAAUGCGCUGUGGGAUUGUGAGCGGCGAGAGCUUUUGGGGGAAAUAUGUUUUGUUUUUGUUAUGCGAAUUACCGCGUAACGGCGACUAAUCGAACAAACGACAACUUUUUAUCAUUGUGUAUGUUCACGUCGUACCACUUGCGCAUAUUUCCGUCACGAAAAUAUUUUUAGAACCAAGUUAUCUCGUCAUUUAUUCGAAAUACACGAUUUCAGGUUCUGUGUUGUAAACAGACACGCCCCCUCAAGAGGCGUGACACUCACAAAGAGAAGAAAGGAAGGAAGGGAGAUAUUCACGGCGUGUUCAGUGGACAUUUAGUCGUAGGUUCGCUUAAAUUCUACGUAAACACCUCGUGCGAGUCAAGUUUCCGAAAUUUGUUUUUGUUUGUGUAUUUUGCUGUCAUUUCGUAACGCCACCAUGCUGUGAACUUCACACCUGUCACGAAGCGCCCUCGCCGUUCAUCUGCACUCAUGAAGUUCAUCCGAAGCUGCUUAGAACAGAGGCAAAAAAAGGGUCACAUGACACGACAGUUGCUUCUUCUGUAUAGACAAAGAAGGAAAUAUUAUA